AUGCCUGAGACCCAAAGCCCCCUUGCUAGUAUCAGUACCAACAUCACUGGUGAAGAUGUGGACACGCAAAAUCCUUACAUCACGCAAUGGAGCAUUGCUCUUCUAACUAUCAUCCUAUGUCUUGCCACAUUUGGAAACGCUCUGGUUCUAUUUACCCUCCUUAGGCGGCGGAAGCACAAUGCCCUCAUGCACACAUUUAUGAUCCAUCUUUGCCUGGCAGACUUGGUGGUGGCUUUCUUCCAAGUUUUACCGCAGCUUAUCUGGGACAUCAUUGACCGAUUUCCAGGUCCAGAUUUUCUUUGCCGCUCAGUAAGAUAUCUUCAGGUUGUUGGGAUGUUCAUAUCUUCUUACAUGAUUGUUGCCAUGACUUUUGACAGGCAUCAAGCCAUUUGUCGGCCUAUGAUGACAUUUAAAAAGGGUUCAGCUCGGUGGAAUAUCCCUGUCUGCUUGGCAUGGGUGGCGUCCGCAGUUCUUAGCCUUCCACAGAUUUUUAUUUUCUCCAGAACAGAAGUUCACCCAGGAGUCUAUGAUUGCUGGGCAAAUUUUGUGCAGCCAUGGGGUCUUAAAGCAUAUGUGACAUGGAUAACUUUGGCUGUCCUUAUCCUGCCAGCUUUGUUUAUCACAACAUGCCAAGUCCUGAUUUUUAGAGAGAUUCACUACAGUCUGCACUUGGGGACAGAGCGUUCACCGGGGUCAAGACGGAAAGGAAAACUGGUUAGUGGGACGAAUGGCUUACCAUCAAUUUCAGAUUCUGGCGUGACAAAGGCCAUGUCCAAGACUGUGCGAAUGACUUUGGCCAUUGUUCUCAUAUAUGUGAUAUGCUGGGCUCCAUUCUUUAUUGCUCAGCUGUGGAACGUAUGGAAUGAAGGUGCCAAUGACUCACACUUUUCUCUCAGAAUUUUGAUGAUCUUAGCUAGCCUGAACAGUUGCACCAACCCAUGGAUCUACACCAUCUUCAGCAGCAGUGUAUCCAAAGAUAUCCAAGCCAUCCUGUGCCGUUGCUGUAAAAAAAGACCACGCAAAAACUCUCUGCCUGAAGACUCUUGUUUUACUGGUUCCACCUCAUUACCCAAGGAGUCCCUGUAGUGAGCGCAAAGUGGAAGAUAUACAAGGAGAUGGAGGCACCACAGUGCCUCUAGUCAGAGGUCCCAUGGAAAAAAAAGACAGGCAGAAGAUUUAUGGCAAUAAUUGAGGAACAAAAAGGUGGAAAACUCAGAUCUGCUUGCCAGUGAUUUGACCAUGUCACUUAAAUAUCUAAGAUACAGUAAAUUAGGAAUAAGCCACUAUGUGUAUAAGAACAAGCUUCUUUUUUUUCAGAUUCUUCGAUCAAACUGCACCUUAUGAAGUCAAGAAAAAAGACAAUGAUGCAUUUGUUGUGAAAUGCUGUAGGCACCUAUAAGGGUGCUUCCUAAGGAUGUAUACUUGUUGCCAACAACACUUGUCUCAUAUAGGACAUCAAUGGACCUAUUUCAAAUUAUAAAGCAACAGUUAUUUUGAAGAAGAGCUUGUUGGACGCUAAUCAUCAUUUUUAGAGUUGAAGGGCACAGCAAAUCACCUAAAUGACAUCUGAAGAAUGUUAUUACUCUAUUUUCCAAGACCAGAAUUAAAAUCUUCA